AUGCUAAUUUAUCCUCCGAAACCGUACAGAGCCGCUCGAAAGUCCACUGGAGUAAAGGCUCCUCGCAAGCAGUUGGCAACGAAGGCCGCUCGCAAAAGCGCUCCAGCCACCGGAGGAGUAAAGAAGCCUCAACGCUACCGGCCAGGCACCGUCGCCCUGUGUGAGAUCCGUCGUUAUCAGAAAUCGACCGAACUGCUGAUCCGCAAGGUGCCUUUAUUGGUAUCUUCAAACAAAAAGACUGGACGCGGCAAGGGAGGAAAAGGCCUUGGCAAAGGAGGAGCCAAGCGUCAUCGAAAAGUGUUGCGUGACAACAUCCAGGGCAUCACUAAACCUGCAAUCCGUCGUUUGGCUCGUCGUGGUGGAGUGAAGAGAAUAUCCGGUCUCAUCUACGAAAAAACCAGAGGAGUGCUGAAGGUAUUUCUGGAAAACGUUAUUCGUGACGCCGUUACUUACACCGAACAUGCGAAGAGGAAGACUGUCACCGCCAUGGAUGUCGUUUACGCUCUGAAGCGGCAGGGACGUACUCUGUACGGAUUCGGGGGUUAA